AUGUCUGCGACGGCGUCAGACAAGGGCGCGAGCGGCUCCACACCACUCAGCGAGCAGCGUGAGUACGCUCGCCUGAACAUCUUCGAUGGCAUACAUGCGUGCAGCUUCGCAAGCUCGAUCUUGCACCAAUUUCCCACAUACUGACGCCAUCUCUGCCCGCAGAGGUAGCACAGCGCUUUCAAUCCUUGAGAAGUGAAAUGACCAGCAUUGCGACCAAGAUUUCAGAGAUUGAAGGCGAGACGGAAGAGCAUCGGUGAGUUGCUCCUUUUGCAAAUGGCAGCGAGAAGCACUCGGUGAUUCACCUCUGCCACGCCUUUGACUUUUGCGCACAAUGCGCCUCCAGGGCAGUCAUAGAGACGUUGAAGCAGACAGCAGCAACGGCGCCCGACAGAAAGUGCUUUAGGUUGAUUGGAGGAGUGUUAGUGGAGCGUAAAGUUGCAGAGGUGGUGCCUACUCUAGAGGCAAACGUAGCAAGUGUGAGCGGUGAUCGAUCACCAGCGCCUCGAUCAGUCCACAACACUCAAACUUCGCAUUCUCUCCGCAGCUUCGACAAGUGCUAGAGGCCCUGUUGCAGCAGUACAAAGGAAAAGAGGAAGAGUCACAAGCAUUGCAGAAAAAGUAUCAAACAGCUCAAUGA